CUAAGUAGUUUCGUUUUUAUCCUAGAUGCAGUCAAAAAAAGUGACGAUGAUGAACUAAGACUAGUAAAAGACCUAUUUAAUAACUACAGCAAGGAGGUCAGGCCAGUAAAGAACAAAAAGGCUGCAAUCAAAGUGAUAUUUGGAAUUGCUUACACGCAACUUGUUGAACUGGUAAGCACAUUCAAAACUGUUUGUGUUCAAGUUUGAAGUUGAAGUCAAGUUUGAAGCCAAGUUUGAAAGCAAUCAGUUGUUGUCGCCCAAUUUUACAGACGUUUGUAUGGUGGGAGGCAAGUUCGUGCACCCCACGAUACAAACGUCAGUAAAAUUUCGCGACUUAAGGGAACUGUUUCUUCGCUCGCUUUAGACCUUUUUAAACGUGGCAAGUCUACUAAAGUUAAAGCAAUUUUUUCAGCAGCGUCAACUGAUUUUCAUCAAAUGUAACCGUGAAGGGUAUACUGAAUAACAGUUAAAACCCCUCCUAACCUGUAAUAACUUGUAUUACCAUACCCGCAGGACUUUGUUGGUAAAGUUGCUUACUUUGGUUAAGUAGCAAAUCACACUGGCGAUAAAAUCAUUGACAAAACAUACUCAUGUGUUGUCCACCUGGUGCAACUGUCUGAAACAAGUCAACAAAAUAAUUUCACCAGGUAGAACCAAUGCGGAAAUAUGCCUUCUUCGGACAAUAUGCAUUCUUCUACUCCUUCAGUUUCAAUAAAAUAUGUCAAAUGAAAUCUCACAAGGAAAACGAAACGGCUAAAGCCAAAGAUAGGUCUACUUACAACAUUUGUCCUGAUAAUUCUCGUGGGAAGUGUUAAAUGUUAGAAACGGAAACGUUUUAGUAAGUUUUGGUACCUACAAUCCCGUCUAAUUUUCCGUUUGAUGGUAAGUUCUUUAUUUUCAGUACAGGGCCCGGUUGUUCAAAGCUGGGUUAAGAUAACCCAGGGUUAGUGCGAGAUUUGAAUUCAGAUUUGAAAGCUUAAAAAGCAUUUAAGUUUUAAUUCUUUUUGUCCACAGGUUGAUGGUUGGAAGUUCUAAAAAUUACAGAGAAAAUUAUCCGAGAAAAUGCUUUUGAACAUAAGAAAAAGAAACCCGGGUUAAAUUUAACCCCGGGUUAAGCGCUAAUCGGCCUUCGAACAACUGGGCCCAAAAAUGUAAAGACCAUUUCCUCAGACCCCUGACCCGGCCUAGAGACCAUUUUGAACACCAUUUCUUCCAUUCAGUUUGUACAGGCAAAUGGCGAGCGAAGCAAGCCGUGAAAGAACUCAUCCCUCGUGCUCGCGUCUCCUUCCGCGUUCCGGGCUCUCGCGUGAAUUCUUGUGACUCUCCCAAGUGGAGGGCUUGCUCGCCGGCUAAAUGACAUCUUUUAAUUUACGCCUUAUUCUUCAUAAACAGGAUGAAAAGAAUCAGGUUCUUGUGAGUAAUGUGUGGAUAAGACAAGUAAGUAUAUAAGUGUCUUUUCUAUAGAAGUUAAUUUAUCUGGAACGUGAGAAUUUGGGUCUAAUUUUCCGUACAAAGCUCAAUUAAGAUUCAUUUUCGUUUCUAACAAUCAACCCAUCAAUCAGUCAAUCUCGAUCAUACCAACAACAUCUAAGUCAAUCUCUCACCAACCAAUGAAUAACUGUUGGCUUAAUCUUUCAUUCAAGUCCUCAGUCAUCCAUCUAUCCACAGGCGGUAUUUAAUUUAUCAGUCUACAUUAUCCUUUCAUCCAUCGAUCUAUUCAAACAUCCAUCAAAGAGUAUAAAUCAACACCCUUCUCUGAUAAUUAAUAGAAAAGCUCCAAUCUAUUUAAUGACAGAAGUUUCCUAAAGAUUGAAUUGCUGAGCACCAAAGCCCGGGCGUGGUGCACCUGAGGACUCGCACUCUAGGUGCCUGAGUACGAAAGCCCACGGAUAUAUCACUAGGAAUAAACUCCUUUAAGGUCUUUUGAUUGAAAUGAGCUAGCAAGGCCACACGCAUUCAUGAGAUCAAUAAAUCGUAUGUUCAACUUUCGUUCCUCCGGGCUUAAAUUUUUUUUCAUAUCUACUCGACAAGAUUUAACCAAUGUAAAUUUAUUUGAAAUACGUAUUCGACAGAAAUGGAACAAUCAUUUGUUACGCUGGAAUGCAUCUAAUUAUGGGGGAAUAAAGUCCAUCAACGUGGAUCCCAAACUCAUCUGGCUUCCAGACAUAGUUCUGUACAACAAGUAAGUGAAGAUUAUCUUCAUUCAGCUAUCGACAAUUGUUGGUUUUCACAUGACGUCCCUAAAAUUCAAACUAAAAAACUAUCGAUCCUACCGAUAUUUUACUUUCACGAUGCAUUAGAGCAGCUGAAACUAAGUUUCACAUAAAUUUUCGCUUCAAAAGGGUUCUUGGUUUUGUGAUAGAGUACGCUUGAAUUUCUAAGCUUUUGCGUGACGCGGAAUUUACAUGACGGCCAAGAGAGCUGUCAUGUGGGUUAAAAAAAUGACUUAUUUCAGUAAAUCAGUUUUGCUAUCUAAACAGUUCAUGUAUUAGAAAAAGAAUUACUUCAAUGUUUAUGAGUUUCUCGAAGAAUAAAUUCACGCUUUUGUAGCAAAACUCGGUAACAGAUGUUUCUGUUGGUUUCCGUCCGCCAUGUUGGAGCUCCUCCAGGUGAGCACCAGCAUGGCGUCUCCAUACAAAUCUCUAUAAAGUUUGGGUAAACAUUUCUUCACAGGGUCCAGAGGAGUUACGUGUGAAUAAAUGAAUUACUUAUUUAAAGUCUCACCUUGAAAAAUGUCUAUACCUGUCGCUUAGCACGAUUAAUUAGCCCAAUGGGAUCUUUAUGAAUCUACUGUAAACGAUUUCUUCGCUUUUUAUCUGACCCAGAUCGACUUUGUUGUUCGCCAUUUUGAAAAUCAAUAACCGCAAGCCAUAUCCUCGCUGGCGCACGGCACGUCGCCAGAAGGGCGACCGAGGCACGAAGUGCCGAGUAAACAAGAAUCGCCAAAAGGCGAUUUUUAACUGGGCUGCCAAGGGGCUAUUUUUUCUGAGGGGAGGGGGCGGCUAUACACACUCAGGCUACCAUAAAACCUUGUCGGCAACCAUUGCAUGCGACAGAACCUCAUGUGAGACUGAAACAUAAACUCAUUCAGAACAUUGUACCCUUUUGAAAGACUUUCGUAACCCAAAAAAAAGAGUACCAUUUUUAAGUGGGGGCUGUAUAAUAACUUUUAAAUUCCACCAUUAUGAAUAAAAAUAGACAAGUUAGCCAUUAAUUCUAAGCAGGAAACAAUUUGCAUUAUUUCCACGUACCCCUCCCCUAAUCCCUCUGUGCCCCAAAAUAUAGCGUGACAGUAUAACGUGAACUAAUUUGACGUAACUGGAAAUUCCAAAAAUUGUUGUCGUUCUACGAGUAUAAUGAGCUGAUUUACACUAGACAGAAAUAUUGUAUUGUAUGAAAACCAGAAGUAUACUAAAACAGACAGUUAACUGCCCAUUGAUCCCGCCUGAUCCAGGGGCCUCACUGACUGCACGGAGACUUUACUGCGCUUUUCACAAACAUGCGAACUCUAAAGUUCAAAAGCCACCUUCACAAUUGUGUUUAUCGCUGCCGUCAAUCAUAAUUACGAUCACAAGCAACGAACCUUGAAACAGAGAAACACACAAAACGGAUCGAAAUCCACAAAUCACAAACCAUGACCUUUUGAACCCGUGAAGUAAAGUUUUGUUUCCUAAGAGGUCCGUUAAGAUGAUUGACAGCAGCGAAAAACGCAAUCGUCGGUUGGCUUCUGAACUUCAGAAUUCGCAUGUUUGUGAAAAGUGCGAUCCUAAUUUGCGGUCCACAGUCUACAAGAAAACGCACUAUUUUUUCCACAAGAUGAAAAAUAUUCAGUUUUAAGAUUUUCCUCAUGGUAUUUUUCUCUAACUUAAAGGAAUAAAAUCCUUUGCAUUUUGAGACCUAAAAAAGUUUAAAGAUUUCUCGCUCGCAUGUUGCGUUCACCAGCACGCACUUCAAACAAUGUAAAUAGAUGAAACGAUCGAUAACAUAUUUUUUACCUGAUACCGAUGCGAGUUAAAAAUUCGCUCCAGUUCUGUUUGUCUCACCCAAGACGAACUUUUCUUCAUGGAAGAUAACUAUGCCGCUUUAUAACUCGUCCGAAGUUUUUGUGCCAGCUAAACAAUAUGGAAACACUAUUCACAGUGACUCCUUGGAUAUUAAAAAGACUGAACGUGACGCACUAUUAUGCCUUUGUUUACUUCUGAUCACAUCUUCAAGCGAAGUCUCUCUUUUCAAGCGAUUCAUCUCAAUGCACAAUAAUUGACCCUUAUAUUAGUUAAAACCCUAUGGUUCAUUUAUAUUAAUGCUGUUUUUGCCCCUCACAUUGACUGUGUUCGUUCGUAUUCAAAACACCUUUACGAAAAUAAAGGUCGUAUAAGUCAUGUGUGUUAUGUUUCGAGAUAAAUGGAUUAUACGCUUUUUUAAGUUUCCAUUUUGCGGUGACUUCAGUUAACAUCUUCAUAAAAUGGUAAAAGAAAUAUCAAGAAACAUCACGAGAGCUGAAAACUUUCAAAGGCAUGUUUCUGAAACUCGCUAAUGCUGACAUCAAUAUAGCGUGCUUGCUGAAUGGGCGAAAACACAGAAUUGUGAUCACAAGAUCAUGUACAAAUUUAAUGAUAAAAGCUUAGCAAGAUACAAAUACAAACAAAAGCAAACCCCCUGAAACCUCGACGUGGGCUACACUUGUAUGCUCUACUCAGUCACCAAACCUUGUCAGUAAUAGCUCCUAUUUUCCUCAAGUCGCUCUCUGUGAAGCUCCCGGAUGGGAUGUCCCGGUGAAGCUUUAAACUUGUGUGCGAAAUUCUCAGAGUCCCUAUUUUUGUCCGUGUCUUCUUUAUCCUCAGUAUCCGAAAUUUAGACCUCCAAAGUGGCGUGUGUUGCAUUAAAUAGAAGGAAAUAUUUAAAGGAAAAGCCAGUCUUCUAACAUGGCAAAGUUGUCACGUCCCUCGCUCAUGGACGUGCGUAGUGCCAUUCAUCGGCAACUGAGUUGUUCGCUUCACUGACUACGAAGGCUUACAAUCAAGUCUUCAGCCAUAGUGUCGUCAACUGGUGAAAUGCCUUGCUCAUAAAUUGUGCUUCUUAAUUGCUCAUGUACUACGUCGAUCGAUAAUUCUCUCUUUGAGUUCACGAAGCGGCCACGGCGUUCCAAACCUGACGCUCACAGUCAUCUUUUAGUGUGAGCCUACCGUGGACAGCGUGUCGGUUUGAAUGCAACGCGAGCAUUUCUCUGAGUUUCCCAGCGCCAACAUCAUCUAACUGACUUAAACUCGAACAAUAAAAAAAUUAUAGAGUGACUCCCAUGAUCGAAUCGCUUCGAACAACGCAAAUAGCCUUCUUCAGGUUCGCAACGCUUUGUGGGUUUUUCAGGGGGAGCGCAGACGAGGUACAAAAAGUAUCUGUGCAAGGCUCCGUGCAAGAGAAACUCAUAUGAAACCAUUUGUGAGAACAUCGUUUCUCGGUACCAGACCCUCGUGUCUUCCCUCCCCCGGGAGGCCGUUUUUCGCCGCAGACGACCGAAAGCCCAUUUUAUGACUGGGCUCACAGGCAGCCCAGUAAAAAAACUGUAAGCCGAUCUCUUGAGCCCUCAGUCUCUUGGCUAAAGAAUGUGUAACGAAACUGUAACACGAUCAAAAUAACCCAUUUUUCAGAGGUUUCCGACGGGUUUUGAUGUUCUAACGACAAAUACAUCUCCUCUGGACCCUGUGAUUUCUUCGGAUAUCUCGUAUACGAAAUAUUCCUCUGAACUGAAUCUUGACGAGAGUCUUUGUAUAUCUUCCUCCUUUCAUUUUCCUGAUUCUGGACUUCAUCUAUUGAACGGUUUUGAUUUUUAUUCUGAUCUAUUUUGAAUGGCGUGACACUGAAAACCAGCAAUAGUUCUACCUUUGCAUAGGCAUUGUACUGUUAGGCUAUUUCCCCGUCUCUCAACGGAUGCUGCGCACGAAGUACUAGUUAAUUAAUACAAACAUCCCUUCUGAAGAGGGAACAGCAUGUAGUCUACCUGCUGGUUGUGAAAGGCUUGAACCUUAUUUCUCAGUUAUAAUAAAUACACUUUUAGUCUUUAUCCAGCAGGGAAUGCGAAGUACCUGUUCUGCAUUUCAGCGCUGUCCUUAUUUAGCUAACCCUGCGGUAGCCUGUGAAAAAACGGCUCUAAGUUUGGAGAUUUAACGAAUAAAAAGAAUUGAUUAGAAGGCUAGAAAAUCAAAACAGACGGGGAGAAGGAAUGGGGAAAAAACGUAACUGUGGGACAUGAAUGAAUCAGGAAAAUUAUAGCCUUUGAGGAAGUUCUCCAAUUGCAAAUUACUCGUGACCCCUCGUUUCUCUCGAUUUCGAAAGACAAGGGUUUCCUUUAGGGGUAGAAAAAAUGGACCAGUUUAGGUUUCUGGGAAACUGCCCACCUACCCCUCCCCUAAGCCAAGCUUUUAAUUUGCCCUAAGUGAGAAGAAAGAAUUAAUGUUGACUUAGGGGAGGGGUAGGUGGGCAGUUUCCCAGAAACCUUAAUUGAUCCGAAAAGAUAAAUUCAACGGUGACAGUAGCAUAGGUCACGCACCCAUGUUCGGUGGUUUAAACGGUUUGGUAGGUUUUAGUUCGGUUAUAUCUUAGCUGAUUUGCCCUCCUACGAGUUAAGCCACUUAAAUAAUAGCACAUGACCUUAAUAAUAUUCCCCCACAUUUUAUUCAUGAGAUAAAGUAUAACGCCAUCGUCGGUAAUAUAUUCCCGCGCAAAAAAGGGGUCUAACCAGAGCGCCAUAUACUACUGGUCCCGAUUGUUCAAAUGUUGGAAUACACCAUCCACCAGAUAAAUCACUAUCCAGUGGAUAGGUAUUAGAAAAACCAUUUGCGUUAUCCCCUGGAUAGAGAUAUAUCCAUUGGAUAGCGUAUAGUUAUCCACCUUUUGAACAACUGGGGCUGGUGUAGAUGUGCUCAUCUCCGUUCGCGUUCUCGAGCUUGGUACCAGCACUAACCUGUUCACCUGUCCACGGGUUAUAUUGCAUGGGCAUACUCCCAUUGGUCUGAGUCAUUGCUUUUGCAGGAGCCCAUAGAUAUAGGCUCCAGCUUUGGUUAUGACUUGAUUGGCACAACAAACGCACUUCGCUUUCCGAAAGCAACCACACUAAGGCCGACUUAGACUCCGUGAGUGUAAAAGAUACGCCGGAGACUACUCGAAUCGAGUCGAAUUGCUUACAAGUCAUAUUGUACCCAGCCAAAAAUCUCCAUGCAAGAAUUAGUUGAUCGAGUACGAAGAUCCAUUAGCCGGGGGUAGAGGAAGAGAUACUGAUAAGCAACAAAUUAGAUAGAUAUUUAUAUAGAUAUUACAAAGAUUUUGUGAGCAAGGAAUCAGCUACACUAGAUUCUCUACGAAAACAAGAGCUCUGACAUAAAGUAACUUGUGUUUCACCAUUUUCAGUGCGAAUACAGGAAUAACAAGCGGUAACAUGGACCAGUUCAAGACCAGAGUGAUUCUCACUUCUGAUGGUACUAACCAAUGGUAAGCGUUUAAUAUGGGAAUCCACCUAUGAAAGAAACAAAAAUUUUGCAAUAUGCGGCAAUAAUUCUAAAAACAAAAAUUAAAGAGUUUUAACUGCAUCUUUAGAUAGUCAACUAAAGUGAAAAAAGAAAUCCUGCUUGUGGCUUUUCUCUGAUUUUUCAAGACUGGCGACUUUCUUCUGUUGAUGUCUUAGAGCUGAGAGAUAGAGGAUGUUAAUGCUACUUAGUUGUGGGGCGAUAAAAAUGUUUUUUCCGUAGCACUAGUGCCAGGAGCUACUUGCGAAGACUUGGAGACGGAAACACCUCUUGUUUGAGGGCCCUGUAUAAUCGUUCUUGCAGCCAGAGUCCUAUUCUAAGCUCCUUUUCUUUUCGGUCUCCGAAGUCCGGUCUUUGAUCCUCCUCGAACCCAGAAAGAUAAGUGGGGGCUCAUUUUUCUCGACAACGGCUUGUAAGCGAGUUUAGUUCCUUUCUCAAUCAGGGUGGAAUGCGUCAGAUCCUGCUCAUCAAAACCAUCUACGAUUUUUGUUCAAACAGAAAAAAUGGUAGGAGGGAGGGGACGUAGACCCCGGUGGUGUGGCCAACCUUCCCUGGGCUGGGUGGGUUAUCUGUAAGGAGAGAUCUUAAUAUAGGGAUAACCUCAUAAUCCUCCUUCAAGUGUUGUAAUGGCUAUCUGUAAACAGUGUAUGUAAUACAACCUGGGUAAUAAGAAUUUGGAACCUCAAUCUGAUUCAAUAUCUGUUUUAGGUUUGCUCCCACCAUUCUUCGAAGUCGCUGUGCCAUUGAUAUCAAGUUCUUUCCGUUUGAUGAUCAGAAAUGCGAUCUCCAUUUUGGUUCGUGGACGUAUGAUGGACUCAGAGUGGAUUUGAUAAAUGCCAGCACUGGUGUCGACCUGGCUUCUUACAUGGCCAGCGGCGAGUUUGAAAUGGUUGAGGCACCCGUCAAACGAACUAUUGUCAAAUAUAGGUAAGGUCAAUUCUACUGAGAAACCUCAUAAUGGGUCAUAAAAAGUUUUUAUUAACGAGAAUAAUAACAAAAACUUAUAAGUACAUAAUUAUCUUCUCCGCAUAACGGUUCGCCCUGGAUAACGAAACAAUAAUUCCAUUCCAUAUCAAACAUAUCGGUGUUAAGAAACCCAAAUGGUAGUAAGUAAACAAACAGUUGGCUAAUUAUUUAUUUUGAUUCUUGGCUCGGCCAGUAGUUGAAUUCGGGACUUCAUUACAAUCUUGUCGAAUUUAUGGAGUGUUCAUACGAAAGAGGUUCUUGUUUAAUAAGAUUCAUAAUUAUUAAAAAAAAAUGACUACAAGAGUGUCGUCCUUCAAGUUUGGGCAGAAAGAAUAGUAUAGUCACUAAGGCUUUUCAGAAAGGUUUCCACUGUAUCUUCUCGGGUCAGUCACUGGUACCGAGCUCCCCCCAACCCCCCACUCUUUCAUUAAAAAUAUCCCCCGCUAUCCUCUGUCAGAUACAAUGCCUGCUUGCUCUCGUUUCUUUCUUACGUGAUCCAGUACCUAACCUUUAAUCUUUUUAAUUUUCACUAGCUGCUGCCCUGAACCUUACCCAAAUGUGAUUUUUACCCUUCACAUAAGAAGAAAAGUUCUGUUCUACUUUAACAAUCUCAUUGUGCCCUGUUUUCUUAUCACGGCUUUCGCACUUUUGACCUUCGUUUUACCGCCAAAUACCGGAGAAAGAGUUACCCUGGUGAUCACCACACUCCUCGCCAUGACUGUGUUUAUGCUGAUGAUUGCCGAAAACACUCCGACCACGUCCGAUGUGACUCCAUUAAUCGGAAAAUUCUUCGUGGCUUCUAUGGUGGAGAUAGGACUGGCUCUGAUUGCAACCUGUUUUGUUUUGAACCUCUACGAGGCUACGGGACCAAGUUCUGAAGUCCCACGAUGGAUUCGUGUAUUACUAAUCGAUAUUUUCGCGCCGUUACUUCUGGUUGGAAGGCCAAAGCCGAAGCCAAAACGAAAAUUCAAUCCGUCGGAGACCAAUCGGAGUAACCAUUCGUACAGCCCGAUCUUGACCGAACACAACGGAAAUAAUCUGGAAAUGGAAUGUGGUGCAAAAGAUGUUCUAGUUAUGGCACCAAAGGUGGGCGACAAGGUCCUAACGUCCCGAGAUUUCAUCAAUUCUGUGCAUGAAAAUAACAUCCGACACAGGGGAAAUUCUACUCAGGAAAAACUACUCGAAGGAAUCAACGUACUUACUGAACGUGCAAAAGAACAGGAAAAACAAGAUGAAAUGAAGGAAGAGUGGGAAUCAGUGGCUAAAGUUAUAGAUCGGUUGUUCCUGCUACUUUUCAUCGCAACAGUUGCGAUAUCAACGUCGCUCAUCUUUUUACAGCGGCCCAGUUAUGCUACUAUGUAA